CAAUUGAGAGUCAAUCUCAGUCAAGUUUGCAGUAAACCUGGGGAGCAAGAAAGCGAAAGUGACAGACAUUGCAGCCCCGAUCAGAUCCCAUCCCGGCAAACACCCGACCUCAACUCCGCCUUGAUUCGUCGCGCCUGCUUGAGCCCGAUUGCUCUCCGUACACUUUCUCCCAAAACAACCAGUCUGCCACCACAACCUUCAGAGGAAGGGAUCCAGCCAAGCUCGCCAUUCACUCAAUCCCUAACUCCCUAUCUCUCCGCGCAAUCAACUGAAGCCUAUUCACAACGAUGCCCGACGUCAAGAGAAAUGUCCGUCUGGUGACGGAGCAGCACAUUCUGAACAAAGACUCCGGCGUCGAGGGAUUCCCUCUACGAUCAUGGUCAAUUGAAAUCUACCUGGUCAACGACCACGGCGAGCAGGUUCCCGCAAACGUCUUCGACAAGGUGACGUACACACUGCACCCGAGUUUCGGCCCGCGGGCUGUUCAGACUUUUAAGAAUCCUCCGUUCAGAAUCUCCGAGGAAGGAUGGGGUGAAUUCGACAUGCAGAUCGGCCUGUCUGCCGCCGACAAGGAGCAUUUCGUCACCCAUGACCUCAACUUCGCGCAGGCGCGCUACGAAUCCAAGCACGUUAUUACCUUCAAGAACCCCAAGCCUGCGCUGCUAGCGCUACUGCGUGAAUCCGGCCCCGUUCCUGGCGACGAGAACGGAGUCAAGUCGAAACGCGCCGCGGGAGGCGAGGAGGGGUCGAAGAAGAAAAAGAAGACGGAGAAGAAUGUCGACAUGGACAAGCUGGCCGAUGGCCUCCAGCGUCUUGGCGAAGACGAUCUUCUCCAAGUGGUGCAGAUGGUCCAUGACAACAAGGCUCCGGACUCAUAUACCAAGAACGAUGUUGAGCAGGGUGAAUUCCACGUCGACCUCUAUACCUUACCCGAUAACCUAAUCAAGAUGCUCUGGGAUUUCACGCAGGAAAAAGGUGCUUUGUGAUUUUGUUUCUUUUUUGUCGGACUCUCUCUUUUCUUCCAUCUUUCUUGUCUCUCUUCCGACUACCAUUUUAUUUUAUUUUCCCCUCUCUCGUCCGAAAUCUUCGUGAUAAAACAAAACUUAAUCAUACCACUUUUCCUGCGUUGUUUGACCCGUGUACCUUUCGAUCUUGUCUCUGGACCUCUGGACAAAGCCACAUAUGUGUCUAUAUGGCUUCUCCCUUUCUUGCGAAAGUGCGUGGGCUGCUAGGAGUCGUUGCAUUGAAGCUUUCUUUUGCUUUUUCGGCGAGAAUACAAAAUUUUCUGUCUGCU